AUGCAGCCCGUCCAGCACACCAACGACUACUCGAUCGCGAGCAAGUGCUCCGUCGAGCAGCGGCGCUACCCCGGCGCCGGUGCCGUCAACUUCUUCCUCCCCUUUGUGCACGGGAAGCCGCGGCGCGCCCCCGCCCUCAACCGCGGCUACUGGACCCGCACGGUCGUGGUGCGCCAGGCGGUGCAGCGUUUUCUCUCCCACUGCUGCCUCAAGCCCCGCGCCGUCGUCAACCUCGGCGCCGGCUUCGACCCCCUCGCCUUCCAGCUCCUCCACGACAUCGCCGAGGUGGGGGACACGCGCGCCCCCACCGUCUCCUUCUACGACGUGGACUUUGAGCCGCUGAUCCAGCACAAGCAGGCCAUCCUCGCCGCCAACCCCUGGCUGCUGCCCUCCGGCGCCCGCUCGUGCGGGGGCUCGUGCGGGGCCGCCCAUGCCGCUGCGUACCACACGGUCGCCUGCGACCUGCGCGACUUGGACCUGCUCACCGCACAGCUGGCGCGCCACGGCCUCGACUUUGGCUCGACGGCCGUGCUGUUCGUGUCCGAGGUCGCCGCCGUCUACAUGCCCCUCGCCACCUCCGACCGUCUUGUCCGCUGGGCCGCGCGCUUUCCCGACGCCCACGCGUGCUUCCUCGAGCAGAUCCUGCCUGUGGCCCACCACCCGUUCGCCGACAAAAUGCUCGCCCAUUUCGCCCGCAUGGGUUCGCCCCUCCACAGCCCCGCGCGCUACCCCACACUCCCGCUCCUCACGCGUCGCUGGACGGACGCCGGCUGGGCCGACGUCCAGGUUCUCGACCUCGCCGCCGCCUACGACACGCUCAUCCCGGAGGCAUACAAAGCGCAGCUCGCGCAUGUCGAGCUGUUUGACGAGUGGCAUGAGCUUUCCUUGUUUCUGCAGCACUACGCCCUGCAAUUGGCCAGUACGACAGCUUUGGCCGGCCGUCGAUCAGCGGCCCCGCCGGGGCCGCUGAUCGACCGCUCCCCGACACCCCCUGCACCCCACACAGUGGUGCUGCGUCGGCGCGAGUGCGCGAAACAGCUGGAUCUGCGUGCUCACGCCAGCUGCGUCUACGAGGCAGCCGACGGGAACACGCGCAUCCUCUCCGUCGGCGGCUACGGUGCUUCCAACGUCCGCAACGGCAACGCUUUUGUGUUUUCGUCUGCCGAUCCCAGCGCCCCGCCCCACGUGCUCGCCGCCCCGCCUCCACCCCGCGUCUGUCUCUGCGCGGUCCCGCUCGAGCCGCGGACAUGCCUCGUCUUUGGCGGCCGCACGACUCCUGCAAAGGCGCUCGACGACUGCUACCUCCUGUGUGGAGACGAGUGGACGGAACUGCCGCGGCUUCCGCACCCCUCUUUCCACGGCUGUGCCGUGCCCGUAAAGGCCGCAGACGGUGAAUGGUACGUGGUCGUGCAGGCGGGCAAGCCUAGCGGAGGCUUCUUCCUGUGGACGCUGCGCACGCGUGCGUGGAGUCUGCUGCGCUGCACGGCGCCCGAGCUCGAGGCGCUCUGGGGCACAAGCAUGCACUACUCGCACACGUUACGCCGGGGCCUCUUGAUCGGCGGCCGCACGCUCACAGACGAUCCAGCAUACGCUGGUGUCUGGGAGUGGACCUUGCGGCCGACGACGACGGCCGCGAGCGGCAGCUGUCCGUUUGUUCUGCAUGCGACUCGCUGGGAGUUGCCGUCGACGGCUGUCCGUCUUGUCUCCCGCAUAGGCGCACGCACGAGUGUGCUUGGUGUGAAGAGUGAUGACACUCGGCCACUUUUCGUUGGCGGCACCCAGCACGACCACCCGUUGUCGCCGGAUGAGUUGUUUGUUCUCAUUGACAUGCAACGGCGCACGGUGGAACGAGUGUCUGCCCGUAUGGACGCUGGUGAAAAGGUCGAGGACGAGUUCCCGUCUUGGCCUUUGCUCGUCGACUUCCAAGCUGUCUCUGUGAGCCCUAACAAACUGCUCCUUUUAGGUGGUGGCUGCAAUGCCUUUUCUUUCGGUUCACUUUUCAACAAUGGUCUUGUCGAGGUGACCUUAGAAGAGGGAGCAUAGAAUGGAAUGUUUGAAUUGGUUGUAAAUUUUAUUUAUGUAGGUAAUAGGAAUAAAAAUAAAUGGAUAUGAGAGGAGAGGGAGAGGAGAGGAGAG